GGUCAUGUUCUCUCCUUAGGGGUUUGGUUUUGGGUUUGUUUUUGUUUUUUUUUUAGUUAGUCUGGAUUUGUUUCGUUAACUGUGGAAGCAGCGCACGCUGCCCACGGGGAGACCGGCGGUUUGCAGCUGGGGCAUCCGACUGGGUUGGAUUCCCUGCGGGAUGGUGGAACGGAAACUCCUUGUUCUUUUUGGCAGCCAAACUGGGACGGCUCAAGACACAGCUGAGAGAAUUGGCAGAGAAGCCAAGCGACGGCACUUCCAGUGCAGAGUGGAGGCGCUGGACAGCUAUGACGUGGCCAACCUCAUCAAUGAGCUGUUGGUGGUAUUUGUGUGUGCAACCACCGGCCAGGGUGACCCACCUGACAACAUGAAGAUGUUCUGGCGGUUUCUGUUCCGGAAGAACCUGCCACCCGGUUCCCUCUGCCAGCUGGACUAUGCCGUGCUGGGCCUUGGCGACUCCUCCUAUCCCAAGUUUAAUUUUGUUGCGAAGAAGCUGCACAAACGGGUGCUACAGCUUGGGGGCAACCCUCUGCUGCCGGUGGCGUUGGGAGAUGACCAGCAUGACUUGGGGCCAGAUGCAGUGGUCGAUCCAUGGCUCCUGGCCUUAUGGGACAAGAUCCUCGCCUUGUAUCCUCUCCCUCCUGGCCUUGAGAUCAUCAGUCCAGAUGUACGCCUACCCCCAAAAUACACCCUGCACUACCUGGCUGAGGACUCCCUGCACCCUGAUGGUGGCCUGCUCCAGCCGACAGCACCCAGGGCUGUUCCCUCCGAGCUGCAUCCCUUUGCUGCCCGGGUGGUGUCCAAUCAGCGGGUCACGGCAGAAUCCCAUUUCCAGGAUGUCCGGCUCAUCGAGUUCGAUGUCACGGGCUCAGGGAUCACGUUCAGCGCGGGAGACGUAGUGAUGAUCCAGCCCCAGAACUGCCCCGAAGACGUGCAGCAGUUCUGCCAGCUCCUGCGCCUGGAUCCAGACAGACACUUUAUGCUGAAGCCCACAGAGCCCGGCACAUCCCUCCCUGCCCUAUUGCCGCAGCCCUGCACCAUCCGGCACCUGGUCACCCACUACCUGGACAUCUCCUGCGUGCCGCGGCGUUCCUUCUUCGAGCUCUUGUCCUACUUCUCUACAAACGAGCUGGAGCGGGAGAAGCUGCAGGAGUUCAGCUCUGCACAGGGCCAGGAAGAGCUGUACAGCUACUGCAACCGGCCCCGCAGGACCACUCUCGAGGCCCUCUGGGAUUUCCCUCACACUACAUGUGCCAUUCCACCCGAAUACCUGCUGGACCUCAUCCCUCGCAUCAGACCCCGCGCCUUCUCCAUCGCCUCCUCCAUGCUGGCUCACCCUGACCGGAUCCAGAUCCUCGUGGCAGUAGUGCGGUACAAGACACGGCUCAGCAAACCCCGCCGUGGUCUCUGCUCUACCUGGUUGGCUUCUCUCAACCCAGAGCAAGGUGAUGUCCGGGUGCCUCUUUGGGUGAAGAAAGGAGGAAUGAAGUUUCCAGCUGACCCUGACACCCCCGUGAUCAUGAUUGGCCCUGGCACAGGGGUGGCACCUUUCCGAGCAGCGAUACAGGAGCGGGUGGCACAAGGAUGUAGAGGGAACUGCUUGUUCUUCGGCUGCCGCCAGAAAUCCAAGGACUUCUAUUGCCAGGCGGAGUGGGAAGAGCUGGUGACGAAGGGCUUCCUGACGCUCUUCACUGCUUUCUCCAGGGACCAGGAGGAGAAGGUUUAUGUUCAGCACCGCAUCCAGGAGAACCGAAGGCUGGUGUGGGAGCUGCUGAGCAGCCGGAAUGCUCAUGUCUACCUGGCUGGGAAUGCCAAGCAGAUGCCAGCGGGGGCCGAAGCCCUGCAGUCGGUGUUGCAGCUGGAAGGUGGCCUGUCGCCCUCCGAAGCAGAGGAGCAUUUAACAGCCCUGGAACGGUCCCAACACUUCCAGUCUGAAACCUGGUCGUAAGCCUGGCUCUCUGCCUCCCCCUUCCCCACAAACUCUGCCUGAAUAAAGGAGCCAGCAAAAUG